GAGUACGUGAUGAGGGAUUUUAAAGCAGUCGUUUUAUUAUGGGAGAGAGAGGGAGAGGGAGAGAGUGAUGCGAUAACAGCGUUUGCCCUGUUCAUAUUUGACUCAGUGCUUGUCAUUGAACACCGACAGACUCACACAGCGCAGGAAAGAAAGUCCACGCAUUAAGAUCGACAUUACAAGAUGCAGUGAUGAGCACAUGCAAGGAGGAGGAGAAAAUGGAUGAAAAGAAGUGAUGAAUGGGCAUCCAACCCUCUGUGGGAAACUGAGUAAAACGUUUCACCAGCACCAAAACACAGAAGCUCUGCUAGAUAGAGGGAGAUACAUAAAGUGAACACAACAGUGACUGACACACACUCUCCAGAGCUGGAUGAAGGAAGUGUAAUGGAGGAAUAAGUGAAGGAGAGUGAGAAGAGAAGAACGAAAGAAUGAAGACAACUGGAAAGCGAACACGUCUUUUCAUCAGUUGUUUUUUAAAGUAAUACAUCACAAUAAGACGACAUGAUUGACCAGAGGCUGCUCCUAUUGGUGUCCCUCUGUUUUGUAGGAGGAGCCUGCAUCAGUAAGAUUGUUCGGAGAAGAGGGGUGAGCUCAAUUCAGACCCAGCACACAACUGACCAAUGGGAUACAAGUUUGGAGAGGAAUGGAAAUACAAUGACAAGACUCAAAGAACUGAUUGGUCCUGAGGAAAUUGAAGAGCAGAUUACAGCUCACCAGAGCCAUGGAUCUUCUCCCAUCUUCACCAAGGAAAACUUUGUUGGGUUCAAUGCCAAACCACCCGUACAAGUAAACGAGGACUCCGAUCAAGCGGAUUUUAAGGUACAAGCACCAGUUGAUGACACUUUAGAGUUAAAAAGGAGCAGAAAUAGCACAAGAAAAGGUGGAAGAGUUGACAAAUGGAUCCCAAAGCACCACAGGACAACCUCUGGCAUGCACUUCAAUAGAACAAGAUUCAAAAUCCCACCAAGAUCCAGAUCGAGUUCAAAUUUUGCCAUUCACACUACAGCGGGUACAAAGGUAGUCACUCCAGAUUCGCCUCGAAAAUUGAACCUCACUGGAAGCUUAUUAAAACUAAUAUCUAAAGAAAACCUCGUUCGGAUUGUGAAUUCCCAGCUUCAGAGCGUUCCAGGUCUGAAUAUUCCAGGGAAAAUGAGUCACAGCAGGAAAAGGGAUCUGAUCAACAUGGAUCACAGUCAGAUGGAGGUGCUCAAACUGAAAAAACAAGACAGGACAGGUGCUCCUGAACUUUAUAACGCGGAUAACCAGACUGCGGAGCUACAUUCAAGCACUUAUACAAAUGCCAGUCUGAAUUCGGAUCAGACUGUUCACACUCUCUUUAAACAAUUCAGUAUGAAUCUAGGAGAGGAGGACAGAAAAACAGAGGCGAGAGGUGUACCAGUCACAGCUUCAUGGAAGUACAAACACUUCACGACUCACAUAGCAUCAACUCCCCAAAGUGAGAUCAUGACCAGCACCGAGACGAAUCCCUUCGCUGGUCAGAGAGAUAUGGGCAUAUCACACACUCCGUCUCAGAUCGACUCAGGACUUCGGCCAGAUGUUUUCAGCUCGCUGACUGAGAGGAGUCUUGAUGUUAAAGAGGAAUCAGAUCAGAGCGUUCUUAUGCCUUUCAGUGUCACUCAGAAUCCAUUGAUUAAAAUUUCAGAACCCAUUGACAGCAGCCACAUCCUAAAACUCCCACCAGAUCCAGAAUGGGGAAGGAAGGAGGUGGAGGAGAGCGGAGAGAUGACUGUGGACUCUCGCCUUGGUAGAGGUGGACAGGGCCUUGUUUUCCAGGAAAUGGAUGAGGAUGAAGAUGAGGGGCGGAAUCAACAAAAAGGGCAAAUCUCUCGAUCCAGAAGACGACGAAGCUGGAUCUGGAACCAGUUCUUUGUCAUUGAGGAGUAUGCUGGUCCAGAACCAGUGCUCAUUGGAAGGCUUCACACUGACAUGGACAGAGGUGAUGGACGCACUAAGUACGUGCUGCGGGGUGAGGGGGCGGGGUCAGUGUUCGUGAUUGACGAGAAGACGGGCAACAUCCACGUAACCAAGCCCUUGGACCGGGAGGAGAAGGACGAAUACCGGCUGAUUGCCACGGCAACAGACAGUCAGACGGAGCGUGCCCUGGAGCCCUCCUCCCAGUUCAUCAUUAGAGUGCAAGAUAUCAACGACAACCCACCUGUUUUCGAGGACGGACCCUACAGCGCCACAGUACCCGAGAUGGCGAACAUAGGGACCUCCAUCAUCCAGGUGACGGCUUCAGAUGCAGACGAUCCCACGUAUGGGAACAGCGCCCGGCUGGUGUACACGCUAGUUCAGGGGCAGCCGCAUUUCUCAGUGGAUCCUCAGACAGGCAUCCUGCGCACUGCAGUUCCUGAUCUGGAUAGAGAAGCGCAGGAUCAGUAUCUGGUGGUCCUGCAAGCUAAAGACAUGGGCGGACAUCUUGGUGGCCUGUCAGGAACGACUACGGUUACUGUACGAUUGACGGACGUCAACGACAACCCUCCGCGCUUCAUACAAAGUUCCUGGCUGUUCUCUGUGUCAGAGCUGGCCGUGGCAGGGGCGGAGGUGGGUCGGAUCUCAGCAACAGAUGCUGACUUGGGAGACAAUGCCAAGCUGGAGUAUACCAUCCUGGAUGGAGAGUCAGGGGACACCUUUAACAUCACCGGAGCCAACCAAGAGGCCGUGAUCAUUCUGAACAAGGCGGUGGACUAUGAGAGCCGUAGCUCCUACUCUUUCUCAGUGGAGGUGCUGAAUCCCAUCGUGGACCCUCGAUUCCUGCGGCGUGGGCCCUUCAAAGACCGCGCCUCGAUCAGAGUGGCUGUGCUGGAUGCAGAUGAGCCCCCUCGCUUCUCACGGGCACGGUACCGAAUGGAUGUGUCUGAGAACUGCCCACCGGCGUGCACAGUGGGGCGGAUCAGUGCCGUGGACCCAGAUACAGGGCUCACAAACAACAUCAGGUUCUCCAUCGAUCCUCAGUCUGACCCAGAAGCUCUGUUCCGGAUCACUCCAGACACUGGGCUCAUCACUACGGUGACUGAGCUGGACCGAGAGCACGAGCAGUGGCAUAAUGUUACUAUCAUUGCCACACAGAGAGAUAACCCCAGCCAGGUGUCCAGAGUGGUGGUUGCCAUAGAAACACUGGAUUUAAACGACAAUGCUCCAGAGCUGGACAGGCAGUACAACACGGCCAUGUGUGACUCGGCCUCCACUGGACAGGUGGUGCAGGUGUUGCGAGCGAUUGAUAGAGACGAGGGAGGAAAUGACAGCACCGUCCAUUUCAACAUCCCUCCGGACUCCAACGCUGCCCUCAACUUCAGCGUCAGGGAGAGUGGAGGCCCCACUGCUAGUUUGGUGUUGGCGUCACCUUUGCAGACACUGUCUCGCUCUACUUCUUCCUCCCUCACACUCUACGUCCCACUGGUCCUGAGGGACGGGGUCUCUGGUUUGACCAGCACCGGGACAGUCACAGUGUCCGUAUGUCCCUGUCUGAGAGGAGGAGCCCGGGCCGGAGAGAAAGAGAAGCAAAGUGAGGCGGAGUGGGACAGAGAGACGGUUUGUUUGCCCCAGCACUCCUCUUUGCCCUCCCCUGGACUCAGCACUGCCGCCCUGCUAGCCAUUUUAGCCUGUGUGGCCACUCUUUUGGCUGUCAGUGCUUUGUCUCUGUCCCUGCGGAGGCAGAAAAGGGACUCGCUCUCGCCUUUAGAGGAGGAUGAUGUAAGAGAGAACAUCAUCACGUAUGAUGAUGAAGGAGGGGGUGAGGCCGACACGGCUGCAUUCGACAUCACAGCGCUGCAGAGCGCCCCACAUAACGCACGCAGGGGCUACCGCACCCUGGACAGCAGGAACAUACGUUAUUCCCAACACAGUCAGGACAAGGCUCGUACGUAUAGCAGCUGGGCUCAGGCUGGAGCGAUUGACCCUGGGCAGUACACCAGUCAAGCAGCCCCUCUAUACGGGCGGUUCUGCUACAGCAGCCACACCCUCCCAGUGCUGCGUCGCUCACAGGGCCCGUACGAGCCCGGCUUAUCCGAGCUGGCUUACCGCUUUCCUGGGAAUCAACCAGACCACUCUCUAGUCAUUCAAAACCAGGCAGCUGUGGUCGGCCCUCUGGAGCCUGGAGCCAUUUACGUGCCAACAGCAGAGGCUGGUCACGGCUCUAAAGAAGGGACAGCAUCUCAGGACGGAGCUACCACAUCUGAGGGAGGAACGCCAAGGAAAAAUGACUCAAAGGAUGACGCAAGCAGUGAUGCCCAGCAGAGUCAGAGUCAAAGCCAGGAUCUGGAUUGGGUCCAGCCAGACACAGCCCCCCGCGAACGAGAGCUGGUAUUGACCCGUUCCGGUUCGGUCGCUGGGCCGGGCACCACCGGAGGGUGGGUGUGCGACUCCGCCACGCUCCCCCGAGCUGGACGGCACUCCUCGCGGGGCAGUCUUUCCCUAAGUAGGAGCGGCGCAGGGCCUGCCGAGCCCAACCACCCUGGGAUGGCUGACGCAGCUAACGGAAGCACAGAAAUGCAGUCGGUCAGCGGCAAUUACGCCACCAUCCUGCAGGGGGAGCAGCAGAGGGACUACCCGGGGACUCUGGGACGGGGCGGGCUGGAGAUGGGCAGCGGAUUUGUGGUGGGCAGGCCCGAGAGAGAGGCCAGCAUUCCGCUGAGCACCGGGAUGUAUCCAGAGGGUGGCGGGUUCAUAGGAGACUGGCACGAACGCGUAGGCAUAACCGGAUACCCGCUGGGCAGGAGGGAUAUGACACCCCAACUGCUUCCGUACCCUGGCCAAGGCCGGGGGGCUUUUGGGGGCAUCCUGGGUUAUGGCGGAGCGUGGCCCUCAGCACCUGAGGCAUCAGGAAGAGGUGGUGCUCACUCUCUCGCCCUGAGGGUCGGCGAGUUCCUGCGUCUACGUCUGGCGCAGGUGACCUUUGACCCCUCGCAGCCGCCGUACGACUCGGUGCAGGUGUACGGGCUGGAGGGCACAGGCUCGCGCGCCGGGUCCCUCAGUUCCCUGGACAGCGAAGGCAGCAAAGACGCCGAGAAGGAGGUGUGGGGAGCAGGUCUGGAGGAUUGGGGCCCGCAAUUCCAGAAAUUAGCCCAGCUUUUUAGGGAAAGAGAGAAGGAGAAUGAUGAAGAUAAAGAAAGGGAUGUAGAGGCCAGCAAAAAGCACAAGGAUAGGGAAUGGAAAGAGAAGGAGGAGCAGUCUGGAGACGAGGAGCAGGCGAAUGUCUGAGAGAAAGAGAGCGAGAAGGAGAGGGGUUGGGUGGGACAGUGAUUAAAAGGCAACAAGAGCUGGAAUAAUGAAAAGUGAAGGGUAAGGAGGGAGAGACGAAGAGGAAAGGUAAUAAGGGAAGACAGGGAAAAAUGAACAGAGAGAGCAGAGGCAGUGGAGAGAGUGAUUGAUGCAAUUUGAAGCAAUAAGUGCUGAAAAGCUGAUGUGUGAGCACAGCCAGAGCCGUGUUUCUUUAGCCAGCAUUUAACAUUCCUUAAGUGUGUUUGGCAGUGAGCGAAAAGCAAAGUUCACUGUAUUCCAGAUCACAUUUAAUUACGACAGAGAAAGUAAGAGAUUUGAACUCGGAUUUUUGUGGCAGCGAGCAAGACAAUGGUACCAAAGGAGAGGGGGAGAAAUGCAAGGCCGGAAUAGCAGAUGAAGUUACGGCAACACACGAGGGAGUAGGAAAAUUAAUGUUUGUACAGAAAUUGUUUAUACAUUCACGAAAGCGAAAGAACUGAAUUAUUCAAAAGAAAGCACUGAAUAUUACAGUAAAGUCCUGAAUAAGUGUCUCCACAAAGAUUCUUGGUGUUUACACAUACACACAAAAACAAACACGCAUCAAUUUUAAACCCUGCUUGGAAAUUCUGCUUUGCAGAUGUCUCAUUGUCAGGGUUCAAAAUGACUUACAUUUCUGCCAAGAACAGAUUGUAUACAAAGUUGCUCAAGAAAAAAAAAAUUUAUGACAAAGUUAAAAUGUAGUGUUGCUAAAAUUGUGCAAAACUUAUGCACAAACAACCAUUACUUGUCAAAAAAAAUCCCACAUUUAAAAAGUGAAGGUGAUUUACAGUACGAGAGCUGACAGGUCUGCUUCAGCUAGAAUGCACUUUUAUACAUGAUGUUCAAAAAUAGAUUACAAAUGGUGUUGUUGUUUUUUUAUUGGAGAAAAAAACAUGAAAAAAUGUUCUAUGUAAAUGCAUUUAAAUGUAAAUAUCACUGAAUGCCAUUGUGAAAAGUGUCAACAGUACUGUAGUCUUCAAGCAACAAAAAAAUUAUAGAUUAAUAAAAUGAAAACAGAGGAGAAUAUUAUAUAUAAUGCCACAUCGAAAUCCACUGGAUAUAACAGAAAACACUGGAUUGACUGAAGCAGAUUAAACCCUACCAUUUACGGUACGAAGUCGGAUUCAGAUGUGUCGCUCUUCCCAAACGGAAUUAAUUUUUUUUAUUAUUGAAUGCGAAAAGUCCAAAUAAAUGUAUUUAAAAGUCCUUUUUCUGGGGUGAGCACACACUCUGCAUUGAUAUCCCGAUUAACCACACUGUUUUUGGCCACAAGGACUCACUGUGACUGGACUGAACCAGAACCACUGUAUCACUGCACAGUCAUGCGCACCAAUACCAGGGGGCUUUAUGCAGUACAAACCCACACCCAAAUAUCAUGCUCUGUCAAAAACAUGAGCAUAUAAGAAUUAUAUGAAAUAUUAAUGUAAAUGUUUAUUAUGAUAAGUAGAAUUACAGAAUGACAAAUCCCCCUGGAGAUUAUUUGAUCAGGACUACCCUAACAUAGUGUCUACUCUGGACGCGAGCGGUGCGACAUGACAAAAGCAAAUAGAGGCCAAUCCAUUAUAAUCAGUGAUGCUGUCUACACUGGAUGCGGCGGGAGUUUACAGAUGGACACCAACUGUAAACUGAUGGCACGUUAAAUGGACUACUUGUACAACUAUUUCCACGCUCUACUUAUUACAGUUUGGGAGUUUCCGGUCAGCGUUCAGCGCACCUAUACCGAGAGCUUCUCAUGAAAAUGCAGAUUAUUACUAGGUUUUAGGGCUGCCAAAUGUUUUUUAAACAAUCAUAUUCUCUGCAUUAACAUGAAUUAACUUCAACCUGAAAUGUUUACCAAUAUAUUUCCUUUCCAAAUGUGCAUUCUGAAUAAUAUCAAAGACUAUAGAAUAACACAAGACGCGUCAAUCGUAUUGUUUUGAAUGGAAGAAAGCGCAACACGCAAUAUGGCGGAAUAAGUCCCGCCUUCUAAAUAACAGCCAAUCGCCGAUUGGUAAAGUCAUCGUGUCACUGCAGUGGCCGUUAGAAGCACCGGUUCCUUUAGAAACAGUCAGACGUGUGCUUCCUAUAGAGACGCGCACUUAGGACUGCGCAUGCGCAUUAUCUUGAUCAAGCCUUAAAAAUAUUGCUUUUUGUCAUGAUUCGAGCGUUUAGAAACAGCUGGGAUGUGAAAUUUAUGAGACAGUUGUUGUCAGAUUUCAUUGGUGAUUUCAAAAAUGAAAUUUAAUCGAAAGCUUGACAAACAGCUAUGGAGAAUUUGAUGUUUCCCCAUUCAAAGAGAUAGGAGCUGCACCUGCAUGCCCGAGAGGCGUUUCAAAGAUUUCCCGCCGAGUGAAAUGACUUGUCUUAAAGGGACUUUGAUAAUAAAUAAAUAUUUCCCCACUAACCUGCCACAGUCCAGUGCUUGUCUUCUCAUUAACAGUGCUUUUCUCUUACUGAUCAUAUUUCAUACCUGUUGAAUUUACAUUUUUAAAUGAAUUUUACUGAUAAACACCCAAAAGCGAACCAUAGUUUUACUAUAGUAAAAGUGUAUGUGUGACAUGCAUUAUUACAAUAGCUAGACUAUUUUAUCUUACAUUUACAGUUGAACUACUGCAAACAAAUACAAGUUAAAACUGACAAGCAUCGCAGAUUCCCUCCUGACAAUCUGUUAACAGAUUGACGAUCACUGUAAGUCCGCUAGCACCGUUAGCAUCGCGCAUUAGCUGCUUUCUGACUGUAAACAAGCAGCGAAGAGCCAACAAGACAUGCUCAAACAAGCCAAACUGACAAAUAAACAGCAGUACAACUUACCUUUCAUAUAAUUAAUCAAACACCUUUACGAAAGUGAACCAUGGUUUUACUAUAGUAAAAGUGUAGUAACUACACUGCUGGGUUAAAAACAACCCAAGUUGGGUUGAAAAAAGGUUUGUCCAACCUGCUGGGUAGUUUUAUUGAACUCAACUAUUGUUUAAAAAUUACUGUAUUGCUUGCUUAAAUUAAACCAAAAGUAUGCUGGAAAUGAACUUCUAUGAACAUGUUUAAUAAAUCAACGUUUAUUAAUAAGUGUAAUGAAUAAUAAUUAAACAACAUUUAUUAAAUUGCUUAUUAAUAAAUGUUCCCCUUUUGAUUAUUAUUGUUGCCUCUAGUAAUUAUGUGUCUGAUUUUUAAUUUCCAACCUAUUUUGGGUUCAUUAUAAGACAGCCAUAUAGUCAUUUUUAAACAAUAGUUUUUUAGAUUGAAUGGUUAAUUUUCGUAAGAGCAGUACGUAUUGCUUGUGUGCGUUGGUGCUCUUAUUCCAGUGUUUGAAAUAGUUGAAUGAAUGUGAGGUAACUGCCUAACGAUGUUAAAUAUUUAAUUAAUCUUAAAGAGUAACGCAGUGACAGUGCGACUAGCCUACUUUGAAUAUUAAGAUUUUUGGCGUAAAUGUGUGAAUUGCAUACAGUGAAAUGAUUGUCAAUGAAAAAUGACAGAGUAGUGAAAUAAUUUAAUACAAAUAAAAAAUGUUCAUUCUCAAAAUAGCCCAAUCGCAUUCCGAGGGGUAAAAUCAGCAUUUCUGGCAGGGUUCCCCUGGUAAAAUUCACAUUCCAGGGGCUAAAUAUCAUGUUAUUUGGGGUUGCUUCAAUCCGCGGCAACAGUGUUAAAGUAGACCAAUUCCGCGGGAAAACCGCAGACUUGGCAGCACUGCUCACGCUAAUUUAGAGCUGACACCCUGUGGUGAAAGAAUCACGGCAUAUGUUGGAUUAAAACUUCUGUUGAGUUUGGAAAAGUCUGUACAAGAUAAUCAUCAGAAUAUCUCUUCUCCUGUCUCUAAAUAUGUCCGGAAUUUGAAAUCAUCCCGAGGACUCUCAUUUCAAGAGGCUAGGUGAUUACAGCACAUUGAAAAUAUAACUGAGCAGUAUUAUUUCAAACCGGAUAUGCGUCACAAGGCUCAGUGCAAGUAGUCAAUUUCUGACAUACUCGACGCGCUUGCGCUACUUCCGACAACAGUACAAAUGCAUUCGUAACUUUCGCUUCGUCCAGUGUAGACAGCCUCAAAAUGUUGUGACCUGGUGUAAGUUUAAAGAAUCGAGCGCGUCCCAUAUCAUUGCAUAUAUUUACAUGGGUCAACAGGGUGUGGAGUUACUGCAUUCAUCCUGGUUUCUGCCUUCCCAUUGGACUGCAUUGUUGUGGCCCCAAGUGGUCCCUGUUGGUACUGAGAUCUCACGAUGGCGUGUAUUAAAAAUGUAUUUAUUCUGUUGUAUUUUUUCCUUUUCUUUUUUGUAAAUUUGAAUAAAGACAGUAUGUUUUGA